AUGUUUCCAAAUUCAAUGAAUUCAGAUAUUAACAAAAUAGCAAGUUUAGUUUCAAGUCAACUCAAGAUCCUGGAUGAUUCAAUCAUUAUAAAACCAGAUCAUUUUGAUUGGAAUCGUAUUAAAAGAACUCCCCAAUAUUUUAAACAAAAAAUCAAAUUUAAUGGUGGUUCAUAUACAGUUGAUGAAAGUUUUAAUGAUUUAGAGAAUGAAUUAAAUAAUGAAGAAAAGACAAUUAAAAGUUUGAUCAAAUAUGUUAAACCAUUUGGACAAAGUAUGAUUCAAUUAUUGGAAAUUUCAAAAGAAAUAAGUGAUGGAUUUCAAGAUUUAAUUGAUCCUUAUAAUAAAUUGAUCACAGAAGGAAAUGUUGAUGAACAUGAAUAUGAAGCUUGGAAUAGGAUUCAUGAAUAUAAGAAUGUUGUUAAACUGAUUAAUGUUGAGAAUGAUGUUAAAGAAGUUAUGAAUAUUAUUGAAAAUAAACUAGAAGAAUGUUUAAAGAUUAUUAAAACUAUUCAAAAGAAGAUUAGUAUUAGACAAUAUGCUUUAUUGGAUUAUGAUAAGGUUUAUAAUAAUCAUGAAUCAUUAUUAUUAAAACAAGAACAAGGAGAUUUAACCUUAAAACAAACAAAUCAAUUAUAUAGUCUCAAAAGGAAAACUGAAGAGAAUAAACUAAAAUAUGAUGAAAUUAAUAAUAUCUUAAAGAUUGAAUUACCUUAUUUCUUCAAAUUAAUGCAAUUAAUAAUUGAACCAAUUCAAGUAAUGGUUUAUUUUGUUUAUUUGAUCUAUGUUUAUCAAACUUCAUCAAAUUUAGAACCUUUUUAUAAAAUUACUGGGGAUAUUAAACAAUUAGUUGAUGAUUUCGAAAUUCAAAAUAAACCAAUUGUUGCAGAAAUCGAGAAAUUCUCAAUUAUUAAUUUCCAAAGUCAAUUCUUAAAGGAUUUGUUAACUACUGAAAAUAAUGAAACUGGUUCACAAUAUUGUCAUGCUAUUUUCAAUUUCCAAGGUCAAGAAAAGUCAGAUUUAUCAAUUCAAAAGGGGGAUACUAUUAAGAUUUUAGAAAGAGAAGGUGAAUGGUGGAAAGGCGAAUUAGAUGGGAAAGUGGGAUACUUUCCUUCAAAUUAUGUUAGAUUGUUGUGA